AAAAAGAAAAACAGGAACAAUAAUUAUAAAGAAAUAUUAUUUUCAGAAAAUGAUGCUGAAAUAAAUCAGCUAAAAGGUCCAACUUUAGUUGCCUAUGCCGGUUGCCCACAUGCUCCAAAAGCAGAACGACGUGAAACGUUGAUACAAGGCUGUUCCGAGAGACAAAGGCCUCAUUUGCCCCUUACAUUUACUCAAUAUGGCUACUGUAGUGACUUUAUUUUGACAAGGCAUACGAUCACCAAAGAUGAAAUAAUUUUUGAAAGCCGUUUUAUAUUUAAUGGAGUAUGUGUGCUACUAAGCGGAACACUGAACAAAGAAACUUUGUCGGGUACAGCGACAAUGACAUUUGACAGAGCAACAGCCGCGUUGGAGGAGAAAAAAAAACGAGAUUUCAAAGAGCAUUAUGGUGAAAAAAUUCGAGCCUUACAGCAGAAGUUUAAUCUGUCAUAUUUUGAUUCAUGA